CACUCCUGCAGCAGCUGUCACCACCACCACUCCUGCAGCAGCUGUCACCACCACAGCUUCGGCAGCAACCACUUCCGCUGCUGUCACAUCAACUGACCCUCCAUCUUCUAGUGAAGGAACAAUGAGUCUUCAGUUCCGUCUCAACCAGACGUUCAACUCAGAUCUUUCCAACCCUUCCUCUUCAGGGUUCAAGACUCUGGCUGCCAAAGUGACCUCUGAGGUGAACAAGGCUUUUGCUAAGACCCCAGGCUUCCGUCGUUCCAUUGUCAACUCAUUCAGGAGUGGAUCUGUGGUUACCGACAUGACCCUCGUGUUCGACAAGCAGUCUUCGGUUCCCAGCUUAAGCAACUCACAAGCAAUUCUCACCAGCAGUUCCACCUCCCUGAACAUUAUACCAGGCAGCAUCAGUGAUGGGUCAUCAACCACAUCAGGAAGUGCUCCCCGACCAACUUCCUUCUCUCUGGCUGCCUUGCCUCUCAGUUUGGCUCUGUUAAUGGUACAGCUGCUGGCUAGCUAAUAGCCUGAGGCAUAGCUGCUGUGGCAUUGGUUUAACCAAUCAACAGUUUCCCAGCUCUCAUAGAUACAGCCUUAAAGCUAGAAUCCUUAGUUGCUACACCCAUUUUUUUACUUAUAAAUUAAUUAUAUCUACCCAUUGAUUCUAGAAGAAUAUAACAUAUGAAUACCUCAUGAGUUUAGAUCAACUGUCGUACCCCAUCAGAACCCACAAUAUGAGCUUGUUUUACCCCGAUGUUUCUAAACAAUGCAAACAAACACUGUACAGCUUUAAAACAUGAUUAAAACUAUAAUUCUGA